AUGAUCACCCGCUCCAAAAACUUAAUCACCAAACCCAAAACCUUCACCGACAGUAUCGUGCGAUAUCCAGUUCCGUGUGCACUCCUUGCUGAUGGUAAUGCCUCCAUUGUUGAACCCACUUGUUUCACCACUGCUGUGAAAGACUCCAAUUGGCGUGCAGCCAUGAAUCUCAAGUUUGAUGCCUUGCUAAAAAGUCAGACGUGGGUUCUUCUUCACACUGCUCGCAAUGUCAUUGGAUGCAAAUGGGUAUUUUGGGUUAAGCGUAAUGCCGAUGGUUCCAUUGAACGCUAUAAAGCUCGCUUGGUGGCCAAAGGAUUUCAUUAA